GGGAGGUACUGGCUCGAGGCAAGUGGAGUUUAGUGUAGGGUCUGUUCCGAAGGAUGGCUCGGUUCACGGUGCAUGUCCGGGGUGAGUGGCUGACCGUGCCCUGUAAGGACACCUCGGUCAGUGUGGCGUGGCUGGCUACAGAGGCGCUCCGCCGUUAUGCGAAGAACAAGCCGGACAGCGGCGGCAUGAGGCCGGGCUCCAGCCCCCGGUUUAUGGUCCGCCGCUGUCAGGGACUCGGCUCGUUGGACCUGGACGAUGCGGUUCGCGAUGUCCUGGAGGAUAACGAGUUCAUCGAGAUCGUGCUGGAGGAUGAUCUGAUGUCUUCAGAGUUUAUCCCAACUCAACCUGAGAGAGUUCACCUAUACAGCAAGUACCAGGAACCAACUGAGUAUAUUUGUCUAGAUGGAAACCAUCUAACAAUAGAAGAUCUAGUUCAGUUGGGAAGAGGGCUUUACAAGAUCAAGCUAACCACGGAAACAGAAGAAAGGAUCAAACAGUCAAGGUUACUUCUGGAAAACAUUGUGAAAGAAAAUAAAGUUGUCUAUGGGAUAACUACAGGCUUUGGGAAGUUUGCUCGGACUGUUAUCCCGCACAAUAAGCUCAAAGAACUCCAAGAAAACCUUAUCCGUUCCCAUUCUGCUGGUGUUGGUAAACCCUUGUCCCCAAAGAGAUCCCGGAUGCUGCUGGCUCUCCGGAUUAAUGUCCUUGCCAAAGGUUACAGUGGGAUCUCUUUAGAGACCCUCAAUCAAAUGAUCCAAGCGUUUAAUGCCUCCUGUCUCUCCUACGUCCCAGAGAAGGGGACAGUUGGUGCCAGUGGGGACCUUGCUCCCCUUGCCCAUCUUGCUCUGGGACUGAUUGGUGAAGGCAAAAUGUGGUCACCUAAAAGUGGCUGGGCAGAUGCUAAAUACGUUUUACAAGCACAUGGGCUGAAACCUGUUUCACUGAAACCAAAAGAGGGACUGGCCCUGAUCAAUGGAACUCAGAUGAUCACGUCACUCGGUGCGGAGGCAGUGGAGAGAGCAACAGCAAUAGCCAGACAGGCAGAUAUUAUAGCAGCUCUCACUCUGGAAGUUCUAAAAGGCACCACCAGAGCCUUUGAUAGUGACAUUCACAAACUGCGUCCUCAUCCUGGCCAAAUGGAGGUGGCUUUCCGAUUCCGGUCACUGCUAGGUUCUGAUCACCAUCCCUCGGAAAUAGCAGAAAGCCACCGGUUCUGUGACCGUGUUCAGGAUGCCUACACUCUCCGCUGCUGCCCACAGGUACAUGGGGUGGUGAAUGACACAAUCGCAUUCGUGAAAACUAUCAUUGAGACUGAGAUUAAUAGUGCGACAGAUAACCCGAUGGUGUUUGCAGAAAGAGGGGAAACUAUUUCUGGUGGAAACUUUCAUGGAGAGUAUCCUGCAAAAGCCCUUGAUUACCUGGCGAUCAGUGUUCACGAGCUUGCUGCCAUCAGUGAGAGGAGGAUCGAGAGACUAUGUAAUCCGUCCCUGAGUGAGCUGCCUGCCUUUCUGGUUAAUGAGGGAGGCCUGAACUCAGGCUUCAUGAUCGCUCACUGUACGGCAGCUGCCUUGGUCUCCGAGAACAAGGUGCUGUGUCAUCCAUCCUCUGUAGACUCUCUGUCCACCAGCGCUGCCACUGAGGACCAUGUCUCCAUGGGCGGAUGGGCCGCCAGGAAAGCGCUGAGAGUUAUUGAGCAUGUCGAGCAAGUGCUUGCCAUCGAGCUUCUGGCAGCGUGUCAGGGUAUUGAGUUUUUACGGCCCUUAAAGACAACAACUCCCCUGGAGAAGGUGUACGAUUUGGUCCGCACACUAGUGAGGCCUUGGAUUAAAGACCGUUUCAUGGCACCAGACAUUGACAUUGUCCAUCGCUUAUUGGUGGAACAAAAGGUGUGGGAGGUGGCACACCCUUAUAUUGAAAAAUACAGAUCAGCCAAUCUGCCGGAGGCCAGACCCAUUUCACCAACUGCUUUUACCCUGGAGCCCCCAAUGUCUCCCUGCAAGAGAGCACGGAUUGAAUAGUAUAAUUGCAAUCUGCUUCAGGCAAUCACCUGACAUGAACUAUCAUAUGAGCACAACGUAUGUAAUAAAAAUACCACGGAUGUUGGAAAUCUGAAAUAAAAAUAGAAAGUGAUGGGGAAAUGCAAUAGUGUAGGGUAAAAUGCAUCUGUGCAACGAGAAACCGAGUUUCUCCAUCACUGUGCUUUUAUUUGAGAGCUCUGUGUUAACCUUUCUGUAAUAUUCAUACACAACUGUGCAGAUCAAUUUUUAAAAAUAAUGUUUACAAGCUCCAAACACAUUUUAAUUUUGUGUGGUUAAAUUGUCAAGACUAUGUUCCCCUAUGUGAUGUGAUACCUAAGUAACAAAGGUUAGCAACAGCAGUCUGCCUGAGUCUUCCAGAGUACCAACGAUGUCGAUAGAUGCAGAAAGGUCAGUGCUCUCUGCCUGACACACUUUUAAAGACACAACUAUGUGCAUCACUGGUAUAUUGAUGGAGAAAUGGCACCUGUGCUGUCAACUCCCUGCCUUCUAAGAAAAUACAAUACAAAGCAAUUAAAGAUUUUAGCUAUUACCCUG